GCCGCCAUUGUAGCUGGUGAGCGCCAGCGCUCUGGCCGUACACCGUAGUCGUAGAGUCGAGGCAAGCCAGGCAGUGCUAGGCCCCGGCAGAUGGUGGAGUUACUUUCUCUGGGGGGAGGAAAAGCCGAGUUACAGGUGUGUGCCCUUGCGUAGUGCGUGAUCUGCAUUGGACCGGUCCUCUGUCGAAACCGGACCCCGACCCUUGUUUGUUUACAGUGCUCCAUAGUGGCUCGUGACAAUCUGUGAUUAUUCGACUCUUCAAGCUCUCGAGAGCUGAUGGGCAGAGGGGUGUGCAGCCAGAGCUAGGGACCAUGAGCAGCGUGACCUCACCCUUGCCGAGCCUCACCCCCGAGGUGCUGAAGAUGCGGCGGACCAUGGAGUCGCCGACCGAGGACUCCGACCAGGAGAGGACGGGGAACCCUAGCGUGUCUCCCCUGCCUCCCGCAGCGUCCCCCGCCCUGGCGUCCCCCAAGCGGGAGCCUCCCACCUCGCCCGUCAUGCUCGCCACCAUGACCCCAGUCAGUGUGGUCGAGUACGAAGAACAGGAGGCCGCAGCGGCUGCUGCAGCGGCCGCUCAACAGAAGACGGUCAUUUUCAUACCGCCCGGUCAGAGCUCGCAAGAAACCGUCAUCUAUGAUAACUCCUCCCAGAACCUGGAGUCUAGUAACGGGCCUGUGUCGGUUGUCGUACAACCUCCGGGAACCCAACUGAUCAACCAGACCGCGACUUAUCAAGGACCUCCAGGCACGACCGUGCUGGUCUUAUCGGAGCUGGUGGAGGACAUGUCUCCUCUUCUUGGAAUAAGGAAGCGCAAGGAGGCCGGCGAGGAGGGGCGGAUGGCCGAAGGUGAAGCUGGAGGCCCGGGGGAGGAAGGCGGGUGGCGAGCUUACUACGAACAUCCUCUGACAGCGGCGACCACAGCCAUGCUCAACAUCAGCGGUGGACCCUCGGAGGAGCAACCCCCGAGCUCCAUGGGGUUCAUCUACGAGUACUAUAAACUGCCCCAACUCUCUGACAAAGAGAAACUCUCUGAAAUCUGGCCGACGACCUCGGCGAGUGGAGCGAGCGCGAGUCUGCUCUCUUCGCAGAUCCGCUCGGCUAACGGCGUGGUGAGCGACUCAGGGCUGCAGCUGUCGGCACCGCCCCUGGGGGACCUGCAGGGUCUCUUCCUGCACCACCACCAGCCCUCGCACGUGAAGCGAGAGCCGGAAGACCUGAGCCACCACAGGAAGACCACCGACAAGAGUCGCCACAAGGUCGUCCUGGUGACCACCGCCGGAGGGCACCCCGACCUGGUGGUCGACGUGGUGAACAACAACAACAACACGACCAUCAAGGACGAGUUCAUCCACUCGCCGCAACACGGGAGCCGCUCCAUCAACGGCACGCCGUCCUCCACGUCCUCGCUGAUCACGGGGGACAACGCUCCCAUCGAGAUCAUCACAACGGACGGCCUCAAGACGGAGAUGUACAACAACCACAUCUUCACGGCGAUGUCCAACGCGCAGCCGCAGGGCAGCGGGACGCCGUCUCCCAUCCCCUACUCCGAGCACGCCACUCAGUACACGACGUCGGUGUCCCAGGGGUCGUCUGGCUACGUGACCACCUCGGCCGGCAGGGGGUCCGCGUCCUCGGGGUUCGCCGACCCCUACUACCGCGAGUACUUCUCGGAGCAGAGUCCCUACGGCGGCACGGUGCGGCAAGCCACCUACGCCGAUAGUCCGGAGGGUGCCGGCUCCACGGCGGCCGUCAACGCCUCCCUGAUGGAUCGUUACGUGAGGGGCAGCGCCUACCACAGCACCAAGGGGGUGAUCGCCGCCGCCGGGCUGACAGUGGAUCUACCCUCCCCGGACAGCGGCAUCGGCGCAGACGCCAUCACGCCUAGAGACCAAGCCGCCAUCCAACAGUCGUUCGACUACAGCGAGAUGUGCGGCACGCCGCUGCUAGAGGGAGCCGCCCAGCGCGCUAACCCCACCGCCCCCGGCGCUCGCUCCCGCCCCUGGCACGACUUCGGCCGCCAAAGCGACGCCGACAAGAUCCAAAUACCAAAAGUGUACAACCAGUACGGGUUCCGCUACCACCUGGAGACACCUAUCUCCACGAACCAGAGGCGCGAGGACGACCGAGUCACCUACAUCAACAAGGGCCAGUUCUACGGGAUCUCCAUGGAGUACGUACCGGAUCCCGACAAGCCCCUCAAGGCGCAGACCGUCAAGAGCAUAGUCAUGCUGAUGUUCCGAGAGGAAAAGAGUCCGGAAGAUGAGAUCAAGGCUUGGCAGUUCUGGCACGGAAGGCAACACAGCGUAAAACAGAGGAUACUGGAUGCCGACACGAAGAAUAGUGUAGGCCUGGUGGGGUGCAUAGAAGAGGUUUCCCAUAAUGCAAUCGCCGUCUACUGGAACCCACUGGAAAGCUCUGCUAAGAUUAACAUUGCCGUUCAAUGCCUCAGCACCGACUUCAGCAGUCAGAAAGGAGUCAAGGGGCUGCCACUUCAUUUACAGAUUGACACCUACGAAGACACCAGGGAAGGCCCUGUCUUCCAUAGAGGCUACUGUCAGAUCAAGGUCUUUUGUGAUAAGGGAGCCGAGCGUAAGACGAGAGACGAAGAGAGACGCGCGGCCAAGAGGAAGAUGACUGCCACUGGUCGCAAGAAGAUGGACGAACUGUAUCAUCCUGCCUGCGACCGGUCGGAGUUCUAUCACAUGCAGGAUCUCGCAAAGCCGCCCGUCCUCUUCUCGCCAGCUGAGGACAUCGAUAAGCUGACGUCAAUGGAACUCCAAGGCUUCUAUGGACAUGAGACUGACACCUCUAGUCUGUCCAAUGGUGAAGCUGGUUCUCUGAAGCAUACCUCCCCAUUCCUACUGCACUCUGGUGGGAAAGGUCCGUCCACGCCUACGCUCAAAUUCCACAAUCACUUUCCUCCAGACACGCUAAGUGACAAAAAGGAUUUGGAUGGAGCGUUGACGACAGAUGGCACUGUGUUUUCCAGCCCGCCGCUCAAAAGGCCCAAGAUGGUACCUCCACUCAAUGAGAGGGUGAUGCUCUACGUGCGACAGGACGCAGAGGAUGUGUACACUCCCUUGCAUGUCGCACCCCCCACCACCACAGGCCUGCUCAAUGCGAUUGAGAAUAAGUACAAAAUUUCUACUUCAAGCAUAAGUAACUUGUAUCGAAAAAACAAAAAAGGGAUUAUAGCCAAAAUUGAUGAUGAAAUGCUCAAGUAUUACUGCAACGAAGACAUGUUUUUAUUAGAAGUUCGACAAUCCGACGAGAGUGAAGAUCUCCUGGAUAUUCUGUUGGUAGAACUGAUGGAUCAUUAGCGUACUGUCGCUAGUUUCUCGUCUCAAGUCUUUCGUCACAUCACCAUGACAGUGUAUAUAGUCAAUAAACUGUUGCUGUUAUAUAUUAUUACAAAGUGUUAUGUACAUUUGUUAUAUUUUUUGUUAUCGCUGAGCUGUGGGACUCUGGUGAUAUCUAGCGAUGUCGGAUGUCAUGGGAAAUCAGUGCAAAUUUAGUGCUAAUACUCGAGAAUCUUGCCAUUUAGUCGUCGGUUAUAGAUUUGACAUAGUCGUUAAUACUCGGUACUUGUCGACGGUUGUACUCGUUAGGUUAUAUAUGAUCUCAAUCAAAAUGAAACAAGCCAUAACCUGCAGGGACCUGCAGGGUUGUAACCAAUCAAAAUGUUGCAUAGUCAGAGGGGAAAGGUCUGUGCUCAAUACUUUUGUUGUUGUUGUCUCUAUUUUAGCCCACGGGAUUUUACCGUGUUCUAGAUCCAAGUGAUUCCCUCGAUAGAAUUUCUGUGAACUACAAAACUCGUAGUUUUGUAAUUUUGUAAAGAUAUAUGUAAGUAAAAUUCUUCUAUUAAUUCAUUGGUUCAAUGUAAUGCGUUACGUUACACUUUGAGAUCUUGUUUUAUGAUAUUGAAAUAUUGUGAUAAUGAAAAGUUAAGUCACCAAUAUUGUUAGUUUGGUUGUUGUGUUGCAAUUUCUUGAAAUACACAUGUUCUUGCUACUUCUAGCCGAUUUAUUAUGAAAAUAAAUUCUCUAGCGUGCAAGAGCA